AUGAAUAGACAACCAUACAUCAAGUAUGUGGCGUUUGCAUUGACUUUGCUACUAGUGUUUACGCUAACACACAGAUCAAACACACGUACUGUUACCAUUAUCCAACAACAACAGCUGCCGCUGGAUUCGCAAAGCAAGGGUGAAUUGGUUGAUCAGGAAAAUGCAAAAUUGAAUCUGGGGGAACUUGGCAACACCAAGAAGCCAGUUGAUGUGGUUCAACCCGGUGGAAAGGUUAAGGCUACGUUUGUCACUUUGGCACGUAACUCUGAGCUAUACAAGUUGAUCAAGUCGAUUCGUGAAGUUGAGGAUCGUUUUAAUAGAAAGUAUAAUUACGAUUGGGUUUUCUUGAAUGACCAGGAGUUUACUGAAGAGUUUAAAGAAUUGACCUCGGCCAUUGUAUCGGGAAACACCAAGUAUGGGUUGAUACCCAAGGAGCAUUGGUCGUACCCUUCGUGGAUUGACCAGGAGAAGGCACGCAAGGCUAGAGAAAAGAUGCAUGCGGAAAAGAUAAUUUAUGGAGGUUCAGAGUCUUAUAGAUUUAUGUGUCAUUAUGAGAGUGGGUAUUUUUACAAAAGUGAAUUGUUGGAUGAAUACGAUUGGUACUGGCGGGUUGAGCCAGAUAUCCACAUAAACUGUGAUAUAAAUUAUGAUGUGUUUCAAUACAUGGAGGAUCACAAUAAGGUUUAUGGGUUUACUGUGUCGCUUUACGAGUUUAAAAAUACGAUUCCAACAUUGUGGGACCACACCAAAAAGUUUAUUCAAGAGAAUCCACAAUAUCUUGCAAAGGAUAACUUUAUGGAUUUUAUUAGUGAUGAUGGUGGAGAAACUUAUAACUUGUGUCAUUUUUGGACAAACUUUGAAGUUGCCUCUUUAAAGUUUUGGAGAUCUGAAGCAUAUAACAAAUACUUUGAUUAUUUAGACAAGCAAGGUGGGUUCUUUUAUGAGCGGUGGGGAGAUGCGCCAAUCCACUCGAUUGCUGCAGCAUUGUUUUUACCACGCGAUAAGAUUCAUUAUUUUGGAGAUGUUGGAUAUAGACACGGUGUUUAUGGCCAAUGUCCUUUGAACAAGGACUUUAGAUAUGACCACAAGUGUACGUGUAAUCCCGAGGAUGAUUUCACGUUUAGGUCAUACUCGUGUGGUAAGAGGUAUUAUGAUUUGAUGAAGUUGGAUAAACCCAAGGAAUGGGCAAAUUACCAAUAA